UGCAAGACCGCUAGGUAAGAGAUGGCCAGAGUGCUAAGGACCAGCAGCGGCUGCAUCUUAAGAAACCUCUAAACUCUACAAGACUGGAACUACAGUAAGACCAAGCUAUGGGCCAAGUGGAGCUGAUUUGGGGUGCCUUUUCCUUGAUGAUGCUGGGGGCCCUUAUCAGCAUGUGCAUGAAAUGUCAACAGACUGGGAGUAAACAGGUGAAGGCAAAUGUGGACAGUCACAGAACUCAAUGUGAAGACCGAGAGGAUUUUCAACAACUUCCCUAUUUAAGUUCAGCGUCAAGACAGCCACAGGUGAAAGGGAUGUACGGUAUGGCAAGACCAAGCCAAAGCAGAGAACUUUCCAGUUUAAAUGAUCUUGAAACCUGCAGCCAGUCCAGAUAUCAAAACAUCAUAACAGAGAUACAAACAGAGCAGGACCCUACUUAUGUUGAGCCCAUCUCUUCAGAUCAUUACUACAAUUCCCAAAAAGUCACAAGACUAUCAAGUGAAGACAGUUCCAAUGGAUACCAAAAUGUGACUGGGACACUCAAAAGCAGUGGACAUGUUUUGGCAGACAUAGACAUCUAUGAGAACAGCCUAGCAAUCCAGAUAUGGAAGCAUUCGCAGAUUUCAGAAAGCUCCAAUGUGAAUUUUGAGGAAGAACCUACUUACAUCAAUACAGAAUCAUAUAGCAGGCAAAAUCUUUCCACCUGUGAUUAAAAUCUUCAAGGGAUGAAAUCCAAGAGGAGGAGUUAGAGGCCUAAAGCAUCCCAACCCAACACACCAGAAGACUGGAUAACAACACUGGACUAUUCUACAGGGCUGUCCUACGUCGCUCCUUACAGCUCCUCCUUGCCCUGCCUAUCAGCAUCAUAUUUCUGUCUUACUUUGCAGACGGGGCAUAAUUCAUCACUAUCUCCCAGAGAGUGAAUCUUGAUUUUGAAAAUAUUUAUGAAGCAUUCACGGGCUUCAUCUGCUCAUAUUGGUAGGAUCAUUUUUAGAAAUCUGCAGAAAUGACAAGCCUCCACACUAUUAAAAAAUAAAAUAAA